CCAACAGAGAAGAGCUUCUCCUGUACUGAGUGCGGGAAGGGUUUCCGUUAUAAAUCCCGUCUUAAUAGGCAUAAAAGAUCUCACACGGGGGAGAAGCCGUAUUCCUGUCCUGAGUGCGGGAAAUGUUUUUCAGUGAAGUCCCAUCUUUACACACAUCAAAUAUCUCACACGGGGGAGAAGCCGUAUUCCUGUCCUGAGUGUGGGAAAUGUUUUUCAGUGAAAUCCCAUCUUUCCAGUCAUCAGAGAUCUCACACGGGAGAGUCCAGUCUUUACACACAUCAAAGAUCUCACACGGGGGAGAAGCCGUAUUCCUGUCCUGAGUGCGGCAAAUGUUUUUCACAGAAGUCCAAUCUUUACAUACAUCAGGUAUCUCACACGGGGGAGAAGCCGUAUUCUUGUCCUGAGUGCGGGAAAUGUUUUUCAGUGAAGUCCAGUUUUUACACACAUAAGAGAUCUCACACGGGGGAGAAGCCGUAUUCUUGUCUUGAGUGUGGGAAAUGUUUUUCAGUGAAGUCCAGUCUUUACACACAUCAAAGAUCUCACACGGGGGAGAAGCCGUAUUCCUGUCCUGAGUGUGGAAAAUGUUUUUCAGAUAAGUCCCAUCUUCACAGACAUGAGAGAUCACACACAAGGGAGAAGCCGCAUUCCUGUCCUGAGUGUGGAAAAUGUUUUUCAGAUAAGUCCCAUCUUCACAGGCAUGAGAGAUCACACACGAGGGAGAAGCCGUAUUCCUGUCCUGAGUGCGGGAAAUGUUUUUCACAGAAGUCCAGUCUUCACAGACAUCAGAGAUCACACACGAGGGAGAAGCCACUUUCCUGUCCUGAGUGA